GGCUAUAAACCCCCACCACCACCGAGCCGAGGGGAGGCCGCCUCCAUUCCAUUCCACCUGAUUCCUCCUCUACUCACCACCAGCUGCUAGCUGCUCGUGCCUCACAGUGGGCCGCCGACUAGCUGCUCUGCUCUGCUCCUCCUUCCUGCUCUAGUAGACCAGACCAGACCAGACCAGAGUGGGCCGCCUGAGCAACAACGCAAGCUACUCCCUCCUCCAUCUAGCUAGCUCAGAUCAUCGCGGCCAGCUGCAGCAGUCACCAACCGCCGCUCCAACCAACCAAACCACAGCCACGACAAGAUCCAUCGACCCAGAGGAGACUCGACAAGAGAUCUCAUCAGCCUCCAACACACCAAAACCGCAACCAUGUACGCCGACGCCGGCUUUGGCUUCGCCGCCGCACACUCUUGGGGACAGCCCCCGCCCCUCGACUUCUCCUUCUCCUCCGCUCACCAGCCUCCUCCCCUUCCUCUACCUGCCGACGCCUGCAUCUCCAUGGACGACAGCUAUGCCACUGCCAUGCCGCUUAUCGCCGACGCGCCGGAGAUCGCCGCCGCUGCCCACCUGGGAAACAUGGUGCAACCAUCCUUGGUAUCAGAAUAUGACCUUGGAGGAGAAGGAGACCUGUUCAAAGCUCCAGAACCCAUCAUUGAGGAACCACUGCUUAGCCUUGAUCCAGUUGCCGCUGCCAUUUCAAUGAUGUCUGGUAGCGAAAGUGCAAUGGAUGAAACCAUCAAGGCUGCAGACAUUGGCACCAUUCAAAAUGAUCCUCUUCUAAGUGAGGUGCUAUAUGAGUGCGAGAAGGAACUCAUGGAGGAGUCUGCAAUCGAAGAGACGAUUUCUGAACUGCUGGAUGUUAAGAUUCCCAUGCUGCAAGUCGAAGAAAUCCCAAGGCAAGCUGAAGAAGUUCUUAGACAGGUCAAACUCCCGACCAUGGAGAAAGAGAAAUCGUCCGUUCCUGAAUGUUCACUCCAGAAGAGUGUCAGUUCUGGAUGCCUUAACUCAGCCGAUUGGAUGAAUGGACCAAUCAGGCCAAACUUUUUGGGAUUUCAAGGACUGGACUUCGAGGUAGCAUUUGGGUUGAGGAGAGCGUACAGCGAAGGAGACAUUCAGAAUCUCGGAGCCAACACCCCUCGACCAGCAAAUGCAGCAAAUGUUCAAACAUCUUGUGACAGGCUUGAAACCAUUAGUGACCUGAAGACUGAAGAAAGGAAGCAAAAGCUUUCCAGGUACAGAAAGAAGAAGAUCAAGAGAAACUUUGGCAGAAAGAUCAAGUAUGCUUGCAGGAAAGCUCUGGCAGACAGCCAGCCAAGAGUGCGAGGAAGGUUUGCCAAGAUUGAGGAAUGUGACCUGCUGAAGCCGAGGAAGUAGAUGGAGAGGUGGCCAAGCUUGCAAGGAAUCCACUCGAGAGCUUGAUGGAGCUUUGGCUUCUAGAAGCUUCUGGAGAUGAAGGUGCACCACCUUCUGCGAUGGAGGUGGAGAGACAUUGUGUUGCCCGUCGGAAUUAAUUCAGUUGUUCAAUCAAUCUCCUCUUUUCCGGGCUGCAUUCUAUUUCCCUUGUGUAAUAAUAUGCUUUGCUGCAAGGGAGUGAAGAGCUGAAAUCUCCUGUACAAAGGCUUGAACAUGACAAUAAAACUCAGCUCCCCUCUUGCUUGGCAUGUAAUCUUAAUCUAAAUAUUAUCAUUGCACUCUUCUGAUGAUCGUUGAUACCUCUUGAUGAGUUAUGAACUGUCAGAAUGAAUUCAACUUGCUGUCUUCA